AAUAGAGUAAGUGACAGAGAAAAAUGCAAUUCCAUUAUUUUUAUGUUGGAGAAUUUUUUAGUGAUUAUUUAUCAAAAAAACACGCGGACGGUGGGAUUACCUGAUAAAGAGAGCCGCAAGGUCAUCACAUAUUCCGUAGAAUAGUGUGUUCCUUUCGAUUAUGUGUUCUAAGUCUGAACAUAUCGCCUAAAAUAAUUCAUUUAUUAAUUUUCUUGUUGACGGCCUCCAUGGAUAUAUGUAUAUAUUCUUGGCAAUAUACAUAUACCAUAUACCCGUUUUAUAUGUAUGGAAUGAGGGAGGGUAGAGUUAAACCGACAGCUUUACAUUUAAACUGAUGAAUGAUGACGUGAUUUUGUCGGGUUAUAGAAGAACUAUAUAAAAAACGAAAUAUUUAAUUACUGUCAGAGCUUUUUGUUAGAACUUUUCUCGAAGACAUUUUAGUUUCACUUGAGAUAAAUUAAAGUAUUUUCUGUACCGUUCUAAAAUCAAAUGUGAGGCCCUUUCCUAAUAAUCCCUACCUUCUCCACAAUUAAACUAAUUUUUAGACUCAAAGAAAGACCAGAUAUAUUUUUUUAAACAAAGUUUUUAUUCAGUUAGGACGACAUUUACAGACAUAAAAAAACGAGCAGUAAGGUAUUGUUUAAACUUUGGCUUAAAUAGCUAGUUUAGACAUUAAAUAUUUCCAAUAUUCCCGCACUCGUGGAGUGUCUUCCCUCCCCCUUCCAAAUGGAAAAUUUUUUUUAAAUAACAAUUGAUUUACAAACUUAGUUAUUUAUUUUCUAUCUUAGUUAUUAUGUUCUUUUGGACUUCCCGAAUGAUUUCGCGUUAAUUGAUGACAAUUCAAUUGAUAUUCAGCUAUAUCGCUUGGUAACUAUCCACCGUUAACACUGUCAAUAGAAAUUGUCAUUAAAUAAAAAAAAAUUAGCUCCCAAAUUCUAAAAUUGAAGCUCCAAUCAUCCCAAAUGAUUUUCAAACAAUGUAUCCUGAUUUGAUUUGGAAAUGAAUUAUACACUUAUACACCUGCUAAUUAUACAUCCGUGUUAUGACCUCCGCCACAUAACCUCAAAUUAUAAACGUUUUGCUUCAUUGUUGAUAUUGGUGCAGUUGUGAAUAACUUUCACAAUAACUUUGAUCAAUCGAUAAAUUAAAUGCAGUGAAUAAAACAGUGAGAAAACAAUUGAAAAAUGGAGAUCGACGAGGUAGCGGAGCUAGAACGUCUCUCUCUAGUAUCAAAAAUCUGUGCAGAGUUGGAAAAUCACUUUGGUCAGAAUGAUGACCACAAAAUUCUCGCCCAAUUUAUAAUCCAUCUCUCCAAGAAAAACACAACUUUCGAGACUUUCAAAAGAGCCCUCAUCGACAAUGGAGCAGACACAUUCUCGGACUCCUUCAUCGCCAACAUUCUGCGUAUAAUCCAGCACAUGAAACCCCUGAAAUUGGUAUCAGAUCCGGUGAUAAAAACUAAGCAAGACGAGCUCGCCCAUAAAUUUCCAGGGUUAGCAGUGGCAAAUCAGGCCCCGAUGCCUGCUGACGAUGUGGACAUUGUGGAAGACGCAAUGGCGUCCUUGGAGGAAUUUGCUCCUUCAUCGUUACAACCCCCUGGAGAAGCUGGACCCACGCGAAAACGUAGUGAAUCACCUAAGAAAAAGGAUACAUCCAGUCUGGAACGUUCACGAGAUAGUUCAAAAGACAGGAAACACAGGUCUAGAAGUCCCUCUCGACGAAGUAGAAAGCACAGAUCUCGUUCUCGUGACCGAUCAGCACACCGAAACCGAGACAAACGUUCUCGAGAUCGUUCCAGGUCCAGAGAACGCAGGCGUCGUUCUCGUGAUCGUUCCAGGUCAAGAGACAGGGACAGACGUCGUCGGAGAUCCCCAGACUACGACCGCAAGCACAACUCUCGCGAUCAUUACACGCACCGAAGAAAUCGUUCACGUUCUAACGAAGAGGUUAUCCCUGUGGAUCCAGAGGUGGGUAAAGUCUACAGUGGAAAGGUAGCAAAUGUCGUUCAGUUUGGCUGUUUCGUUCAACUAGAGGGUCUCAGACGUAGAUCAGAGGGUCUAGUCCACAUUUCUCAGUUGAGGGGAGAGGGAAGGGUGGCUAGUGCAAGUGACGUCGUCUCCAAGAGUCAGAAGGUCUACGUUAAAGUCCUUAGUGUGACUGGACAGAAGAUCUCCUUGAGCAUGAAGGAUGUUGAUCAAGACACUGGACGUGAUUUGAACCCAAUUAUUGCUGUCAGCAGACCUGAAGAGGACGAAAAACACUUGAGAAAUCCAGAUCGACCGACUUCUCUGCUGGAACUCGAGGGAAAUCUCGACGAGGACGAGACAUACUCUCGACCUCGAGUGCAACGUCUUUCAUCUCCUGAAAAAUGGGAAAUUAAGCAGAUGCUGGCUGCCUCGUGCAUUGACAGGAGUGAACUUCCAGAGUUUGACAUGGAGACUGGAGUUUUGCCUCGUGAAGACGACGAAGAAGAAGACGUGGAAAUAGAACUUGUGGAGGAGGAGCCUCCAUUUCUCCAUGGACAUGGCCGUGCCCUGGGUGAUCUUAGCCCAGUGAGAAUUGUCAAGAAUCCCGAUGGAUCUUUAGCUCAAGCUGCCAUGAUGCAGAGUGCACUGGCUAAAGAGCGACGGGAGCAAAAGAUGCUUCAACGAGAACAGGAAAUGGACUCAGCGCCUGCAGGACUGACCAAAAAUUGGGUCGAUCCACUGCCAGAGGCUGAGAAUCGUCAGGUUACCUCCAAUAUGAGGGGAAUCGGCCUCCAGACUCAGGAUCUACCUGAGUGGAAGAAACACGUUAUUGGGGGUAAAAAAUCAUCCUUUGGUAAGAAGACAAAUCUCACAUUGUUGGAACAACGUCAGAGCCUGCCGAUCUACAAACUUAGGGAUGAUCUCAUAAAAGCUGUCACUGACAAUCAGAUUUUAAUCGUCAUUGGAGAAACAGGGUCUGGGAAAACCACACAGAUAACUCAGUAUCUGGCUGAAACUCGAUUUACAUCUCGAGGAAAGAUUGGCUGCACUCAGCCCCGAAGGGUCGCCGCCCUGUCAGUUGCGAAGAGAGUUGCUGAAGAGUUUGGGUGUCGUCUUGGACAGGAGGUGGGGUACACGAUUCGUUUUGAAGAUUGUACGAGUCCUGAAACUAAUAUCAAGUACAUGACAGACGGUAUGUUGCUUCGAGAGUGUCUUGUCGAUCUGGAUCUUAAGACGUACUCGGUUAUCAUGUUGGAUGAGGCACACGAACGUACCAUCCACACUGAUGUACUCUUUGGAUUGCUGAAGCAGGCUGUGGGCCGCCGUCCAGAUCUCAAGCUCAUCGUCACCAGUGCAACUCUGGAUGCUGUCAAGUUCUCUCAGUAUUUCUUCGAGGCUCCAAUCUUCACAAUUCCUGGGAGAACUUUUGAGGUCGAAGUGAUGUACACCAAGGAACCAGAGACUGAUUAUCUCGAUGCUGCACUGAUAACAGUCAUGCAGAUUCACUUACGAGAACCUCCUGGGGAUAUUCUACUAUUCUUGACUGGUCAGGAGGAGAUCGACACAGCCUGUGAAAUUUUGUACGAGAGAAUGAAAUCACUGGGUCCUGAUGUCCCUGAAUUGAUAAUACUGCCUGUUUACUCGGCCCUUCCGUCCGAGAUGCAGACGAGAAUCUUCGAGUCUGCACCCCCAGGAUCGAGAAAAGUAGUGAUAGCUACGAAUAUUGCGGAGACAAGUUUGACAAUCGAUGGAAUUUAUUACGUUGUCGAUCCAGGCUUCGUCAAACAGAAGGUUUAUAAUUCUAAAACUGGAAUGGAUAGUCUCAUUGUCACACCUAUCAGUCAGGCAGCUGCCAAACAGCGUGCUGGAAGGGCUGGACGCACUGGCCCUGGUAAAUGCUAUCGACUGUACACUGAACGAGCUUACAGGGACGAAAUGUUACCAACUCCAGUACCAGAGAUUCAGAGAACAAAUCUGGCGACAACUGUGUUGCAGUUGAAAACCAUGGGAAUCAAUGAUUUACUGCAUUUUGAUUUUAUGGAUGCUCCACCUGUUGAGUCUCUCAUCAUGGCACUGGAAUCAUUGCACAGUCUCAGUGCUCUCGAUAACGAGGGCUUGCUGACGAGACUGGGAAGGAGAAUGGCUGAGUUUCCAUUGGAACCUAAUCUCUCAAAAAUGCUCAUCAUGAGUGUUCAUCUUCAGUGCUCUGAUGAGAUAUUGACAAUUGUCAGUAUGCUGUCAGUGCAAAAUGUCUUCUAUAGGCCCAAGGACAAGCAGGCCUUUGCAGACCAGAAGAAGGCCAAGUUCAAUCAGACUGAGGGCGACCACUUGACUCUUCUUGCAGUUUAUAACUCGUGGAGGAAUAAUAAAUUCAGCAAUCCCUGGUGUUACGAGAAUUUCGUGCAGAUUAGGACCUUGAAACGAGCACAGGAUGUCAGAAAACAGCUGUUGGGCAUCAUGGACAGACACAAGUUGGAUGUUGUGUCGGCUGCGAAAAAUACGGUGAGGAUUCAGAAGGCUGUCUGCUCGGGAUUCUUCAGGAAUGCUGCCAAGAAGGACCCCCAGGAGGGAUAUCGAACACUUGUCGAUAGUCAGGUUGUUUAUAUUCAUCCCAGCAGUGCUUUGUUCAAUAGACAACCCGAGUGGGUGAUUUAUCACGAGCUGGUGCAGACCACCAAGGAGUACAUGAGGGAAGUCACAACCAUUGAUCCAAAAUGGCUGGUGGAGUUUGCUCCAGCUUUCUUUAAAUUCAGUGAUCCCACGAAGCUAAGCAAAUUCAAGAAAAAUCAACGCCUCGAACCUUUGUACAAUAAAUAUGAAGAGCCCAAUGCCUGGAGGAUAUCCAGAGUUCGAAGACGACGAAACUAAGGCUAUUUGUAAAUAGUUGAUUUCAUCUAAUUCUAAUUGAUUAUAAUUAAUCACGAUUUUUUGUAAAUAUUUUUCAGUAUGGAAAAUCAAUUGACGAAUUGUAUUUGAUCAAUAAAUUUAUUAAAUAAAUACA